GCGGCAAAUGUAAUUGCUUUCGUCACUCUCCAUCCCGUCAAUGUGAUCAUGCAGAACAACUUGUGGAAGAGAAGUGAUGUGAGACUCAAAGAUAUGCCAUAAUGUCAUGGAUGCUCGAUGAGAGUUUCGAAACUCAUGAGCAAGCGUAACUUGAAGUUGGGAGGUAGGAGAAAAAAAUAAAAGAUUCGUAUCCAUUCUGUACCGUAUAUACGACAGUUCAACAUACAUCGAGAUCUACUUUGUGAUAACAAAUCUCUGUUUUUAUAGCAAAUCUAGUUUGUAGCAUGUUUCCCAGCCUAUCGAUUAAGGUAACAGUGGUUUGUUGUUGACAUUCUGAUCAUUUCAAAAGAAAUGCAAGUUCGCUGAAAAACUGACAGUUUUUCGAUUUUUUUGUCAAUAUUUCAAUGAUUCAAGUGAUCGGUCUGAUUUGAGUUUGACUUCAGAAACGAUCAGUCUCGUAUCACGCUGAUGAGCUGUAUAAAACUAUGUAACUUAUAAAUCAAAUAUUUGUUGUUGGAAAAUGAUUUUAGUUUAAAAGAUUAUUAAGAAUAUAUGUAAUACGGUAUGGAUGUACUCAAAAUGAAUCUGAAAUCGUAAUUUAUUCAAAAUUAUUUUGCUUUCAAAAACAAAAAUAUGUUUUUUAUAGUAGCCAAAAGUUGAAAAAUAACCAUGUCCACAACUUUAAUGAUAUUCUACCAAGAAUAAAAUACUUCAGCAAGAUAGAUAAGAUUUUCACGAACGUUUUAAGAAAACUAUUUUUAAAAAAUACUGAAAGUCGGGUAGAAUAAAUAGCAUCUAAAAAUCAAAAUUUUAAAAUUUUUUCAGCGUCAUUACAUAAUGGAGCAGUAUUAUAACACAUCCAUUAAAAAAAUGUGUUAGUGAAAGGUUGACAUCUAUCUUUACAUGACUGAAGUAAAAGGUAAUAAUAAUAUUUUCUUUUUUUUUCAUAUUUCAUCAACAAAGUGGUACUGUCAAGUAAACAGCAUAUUAAAUGACGUUCUGAAGAACAGGGCAUAGUAACGCUGAAGCUGAUGUUUUACGAACACUUUUUUUCUUUUCUAAUGAACUUUAUAAGAAAUGCAUGUGAAAAUUGCGACAGUAAUUUGAAUCGUGCAAUAAAAAGUUUUUCUCUAACACAUAAGUAUAAUCAUAGGUUUUUCUAAACGAUAAAAUUUAGGUCUAGAAGUAAAGAUAAGUUUAGUAGAAUUCUAGGAGAAAAUGAUAACAUUUACUACUAGCAUUUUGUGAAACUCCUCCUAAAUCUCCGAAAGAAAGAUGAGUUGAAGUUUAGACUUGAAACCGGCAUCCUAACCAGUCAACCGUUCAGUUAACGAUCCGGUCUGAUUCACUUUUUAAACCGGCUGGUUGACAUCGGUUUUUAACCGGCUGAGACCGAACAAAACAUCACUGGUUUACCACGAAAGUUUUGUUCAUGAAGUGUCGUUUUUCAGCUCGGGAAAAAUCUUUUCGUGCCAUAUUCUAAGAAUUGUUUUUUGUGAGUUGUUUCUGUUCGACUCUACCUCAAGAAAAGUGAGUUUCCAGUCACCUUUUUGCGAAAUGCGUUGCCGAUUUUCUACCGGUUAAAAAUUUUUAGAAACCGGCCGAUUUUUUGCCGGUUUAGGUGUGUUUUUAGCCGGCCAAUCCGGCUCGGUUGAAUAAAACUCAACCGAUUCCAACUAUGCCUCCUGCCUUCCCCAGCCCCCCCUCCACUCCCGCUGGUCAAUCGUCAUGUACUGGUCAACAACUUUUGAGGAAUUUCACCAUUUGAGGCCUAUAAGGGACUGCCUGACAAGUAGAGAUCUGCACGGGCACAGGAAUUCCCGUGUCCGCGGGCGUGCCCGUACUCCCCGCGAGCAUGGACGGGCACAGACAGGUUUGAAAGACACACGGACGGGCAUUGACGGGCACAGGCUUUUCAAAAAAGUAUUUUAAAUUUUUGAGCAACAAAAUGUUAAGAAGAUUCGAAUUUUUUGUGAGUAAAAUAUAGAAAGUUAGAGACAUGCUACAGAAAGGACAACAUAAUAUGCACGCGUAGAUGAGAAAAUUUUUUUCAUAUACGGACUAUCAUAUCCAAUCAGCAUAUGAUAGUCAGGGAAAAAAUGGGCCUUUCUCUUCUACAAAAAAUUUACAGAUGGGCACGGACAAGCAUCCUCAGUAGGGUUAUGGGCAUGGGCAAAAGAAUCUUGUCCGUGUAGAUCUCUACUGACAAGGUUUUAAAUAAUAAUUAAAAUUUUUCUUUUCUUAUAUAGAUGGAUCGUGAAAAUGCAAAUUCAACCCGUUUGAGAGUAAAUCGUAUUAAUUUAAUUCAAAAAUUAGAUUCAAAUGAAUUGGUACCAAAAUUAGUCAAAUUACAUAUUCUCGAUAAUGAAAAUCAACAGCAAAUUCAAUCGGGCACAUCUCGCAUAGAUCGUGCUCGGCGUUUAAUUGAUUGUUUACUAGAUAAAAAAGAUAAACCGAAAAAUUGGUAUUUACAAUUUCGUUCUAUUCUUCAAGAAAAUCAAACAUAUCAAGAAUUAAUUGUUUCAUUGGAUAAUACUAUUAUACGAACACCUGAUUUUGCUUUACAGGCACAAGAUGCAUUUCAUACAAAACAUUCUGAAGGACAAGUAUUUCGAGAUAUUGUCAACGAUGAUUUACUGAAACCACGAACACCAAAACAAACAAAUAACGAUGGAAAAUCUUCUGCACCAAAAACAAAUCAAGAAUCAAUAACAAAUAUCGAGUUUGAUCCAUAUGAUAUGAAGAAAAUUUUAAUCGAAGGUCAAUUUCAAAAGGUGAUCGAUAAUCUUAACUACCAUUCUCAAGUACCAGAAAAAUUAUUUCAGACAUUAAGUGAAUCGUCAUUAGAAUCAGAUCAGCAACAACUACAAAUGGAAAAAGAAGUUUAUGAUGAUAUGAGACGUUUGGAAUUAAUGGAUAAUUUAAUCAAGAAAGAAAAAGCGUUAGCAAAUCAAUGUCUCUUUGAGACACGUCUUGUUGAUCAUCUGUUAGAAGAAAAGGAAAAAUAUCAUUUAUUUUAUAAAUAUUUUCAUUAUUUAUCAGCCAUCUACGGACAUCAUAUUGAUCAAGAAUUUUUUAAAUCCUAUCAUAAAUUGACCCAACAACAUUUAACAGAUGAUACGGUGAAACAUUUAACUACUAAAGGAUUUUUACUUUAUGAUUUUCUAUUUGACUAUGGGAAAUAUGAUCUUUGUCAUCAAUUAGCCGAAUUAAUGAUUCAAAUGCUGACUAAAUACACUCGCCAGGCAAACCAGCCAUCAGCAGCACUGUUAAUGUCAUCAUUUGAUGUUUGUUGUAAAUUAAUCAAAGUACAUAAUGUCAGAUUUGAGAUAAAACAAGCAUGGACACGAAUUGAGGCAGCAGCCGAAAUUGCUGAAACAAUUAAAUCAGGAUCGAAAAAUGUUGACUUUACACCGUUGUACUGUGUUGCAUCUCAAACGGCAUUUGAAGAUGCAAAUUUUGACGCUGCCUUACAAUACGCAUAUAGAGGUUUAAAGAUAGUUGAUAAAGCUGAUCAUAAAAUGAUAGUUGAGUUACUGUGUAAUACUGCUCAAGCGUUAACAUCAAAAUGGAUCAUGAAUAAAGCGCAGUCAACUGUUCUAAUGGCUGUUCAGUAUGCUAGAAAAUAUUGUGGUCAAAAUAGUCCUCAAUACUUGAAAGCACUUCAACAAUUAGUUCAGUUUUCAAAUGAAUUUAUUCAAGAUAAAACGACUUUGGAUUUAGCUCAAUAUGCAUUUGAUCGUGCCCGUAUUAUUACUGGCUAUGAAUCAUUGCCUGUUGCUCAUUGCCAUCGUUCAGUUUCGAAAAGUUACAUUACAAUGAAAAAUUUUGAUUCUGAUUUAUUUUUGCAACACGCAAAUGAAGCUUAUCGUAUUGCUCAAGAUUGGUUUGGUGUCAAUGAUGUGAAAUUGCUACCGUUUAAAUUGACUUUAGCUAAUGCAUUUCAAGCAAAAGCAAAUAAUAUUCUGCAACAGGAUAAAAAUAGUGGUAAACUUAAUUAUUUUAAUGAAGCAUUGCAACUUGUUCAAGAAUCAUUGAAAACAUCUGAAGAGUUAUUUGGAACAAUGAGUUUCAAGGUUGCACAAGUACAUCGACUGAUAUCAUCGACAUAUCUGAGCAAAAAAAUGUUUAGCGAAGCCGAACAUCAUUUAAAUACGUGUGUACAAAUUUAUAAAUUAUGUUUGCCUCCAAAUUCAUUUCAUUACUUAGUUACUCGAGCAAGUCUUGGUUUAUUAUACAAACAACAGAACGAUCUUGCUCGUGCUUUGAAAAUAUUUCAAGAAAUUGCUCAAUCUCUUGAUACAAAAACUCAAUCAUUUCGUUGGAUUAACAUGGUUUUAGAAAAUUUAAUUGAAUGCUAUACAAAUUUGAAUGAUGAAGAAAAUGCAGUGAAAGUUCGUGAAGAAUUUACUGAAUGGAAACAAAGUCAUAAGAGACUGAAUUUAUUUCAAGAAAUAAAUAAUGAACCACGAUCAUUACAACAAUUUCUACACGAUUCAACACGUUUUGAAAAUGCAAAAAAUAAAGUGGCAGCAUUAAUGUUUACACAAAAUAAAGCAAGAACAAAAGCGACAACAAAUAAUAAAACAGAAACAUAG